AUGCGGGAUGAGGCGGCUUCAACCGUCGAUGGCGAUGCCCUCACGGCGAAAUCACAGUCUCCCUUGGAAUUACUAGCGUCAGAAGCGUUCCACGUUGCGUCCAUUGUACAUCCUCUUGUGGAUGAUGAUGAUAUGAUUCGGAACAAAUGUCGGUUUCAGACACCAUCACCCAACGUACAAUUUCGGAACAAGCCCAAAGCUGACCAGACAACAGCAGGCAAAUAUACUGAGAGUGAGGAUGGUAGUGUUGGCUUGGUGGAGUCACCAGCAAUGCAAAACCCCAACAAGUUUGGAUCGGACCACAACUAG